CGCACGUUACAGAUUGAGCUUUCUAAGGCCGUUGGAGACAUGGAGGCCAGCAGCCAGUCGACGCCCCCCCAAACCACGCCGUCCAUGGACCCCUUCCCGAAAAAAUCUCUGGAAGUUGUUGAUAUUGUCAUCUUAGUCCUCUAUUUUGUGUUCGUCAUGGGAGUGGGUUUAUGGUCCAUGUGGCGAACCAAGAGGAACACAGUGACGGGAUACUUCCUGGCUGGGAAAAGCAUGGUUUGGUGGCCUGUUGGUGCCUCGUUGUUUGCCAGUAACGUAGGGAGCGGGCAUUUCAUCGGCUUGGCAGGCUCGGGAGCGGCGUCGGGGAUCGCGGUCACGGCCUACGAGUGGAAUGGAUUGUUCUGCGUCCUCGCUUUGGCCUGGUUUUUUCUACCCAUAUAUAUAUCAUCCGGGGUCACCACGAUGCCCGAGUAUCUGCAGAGACGGUUCGGCGGGAAGAGGAUUCAGAUCUUCUUGGCCAUCUUGUAUCUGUUUAUCUACAUUUUUACCAAAAUCUCGGUAGACAUGUACGCCGGCGCCUUGUUCAUCCAGCAGGCGUUGCACUGGGAUCUGUACGUAGCCGUCUGUGGAUUACUGGUAAUCACCGCCAUUUAUACAGUCGCUGGGGGUCUGGCAGCUGUUAUCUACACAGACACCCUGCAGACAAUCAUCAUGAUAAUCGGAGCCCUGAUCCUCAUGGUUUAUGGUUUCAUAGAGGUCGGAGGUAUGGAGGCUUUGGAGGAAAAGUAUCCUAAUGCCAUUCCUAAGAUCCGUAACGAAAACAGCAGUUGUGGGAUACCUCGGGAGGAUGCUUUCCACAUCUUCAGGGACCCAGUGACCUCCGACUUGCCUUGGCCUGGUGUCCUCGUUGGGAUGACCAUCCCGUCGCUUUGGUACUGGUGCACCGACCAAGUCAUUGUACAGAGGUCCUUAUCGGCCAAGAAUCUCUCUCACGCCAAGGGUGGCUCCCUGUUGGCUGCUUAUAUCAAGAUAUUGCCUCUUUUCAUUAUGGUUUUGCCAGGAAUGAUCAGCAGAGUUCUAUUCACAGAUCAGGUGGCCUGUGCCGAUCCCCAAAUCUGCAAGGAGAUCUGUGGAAACCCAUCAGGGUGCUCAGAUAUAGCCUACCCCAAGAUGGUCAUUGAACUACUACCCACUGGAUUAAGAGGUCUUAUGAUGUCAGUUAUGAUUGCUGCUCUCAUGUCCUCACUGACUUCCAUUUUUAAUAGCGCAAGCACCAUCUUCACCAUGGAUCUCUGGCGACACUUACGGCCACGUUCUUCUGAGUGGGAGCUCAUGAUAGUGGGAAGGGUCUUUGUACUGGUUCUAGUGGUUGUAUCCAUUCUGUGGAUUCCUCUGGUUCAGGCCAGCCAAGGUGGACAACUGUUCAUCUACAUUCAGUCAAUCAGCUCGUACCUCCAACCACCGGUCGCUGUGGUCUUCAUAAUGGGCUGCUUCUGGAAGAGAACUAACGAAAAGGGUGCAUUCUGGGGGCUGAUAAUAGGCUUGGUUGUGGGCAUCAUCAGAAUGAUUUUGGAUUUUAUCUACGUGCCGCCACAGUGUGACCAGCCCGAUAACCGCCCCGAUGUGGUCAGAUACGUUCAUUACUUGUAUUUCUCCAUGAUAUUGGCGCUGCUGACCCUCAUCAUAGUGGUGGCCGUCAGCCUGUGGACCGAACCUCCCUCCAAAGAGAUGGUCAGCCGCCUUACUUGGUUCACACGAUGGGACAAAGGAGAAGAAAGCAUCGAGGAGGCAACAGCCACCAGAAAUCUUGCAAAUGGAGUGAGUUCUGUAGACAGCAUCCCCGACAAAACAGUUAUGAGCUCCACUGAAGAAAUUCUUACCAACCCAGAAGGCGGGUCAUCAUCGUUUGGCUCUCGCUUGAAAAAAGCCUUCCUCUGGUUAUGCGGGAUGGACAGCAGUAAUAAGGCCGCGCAUGACCAAAAUCUCCCGGUCCGUUCAGAACCAGCCGAAGUGUUACUCUAUGAGAGCCCCCUGGCGAACCACAUAUUAAACUCCAACCUUGUUAUCUGCUUGAGCGCAGGGGUCUUCCUCUGGGCAUACUUUGGCUAACAAGAACACGGACAUCCCAUCUUCUAGAUAUUGAUGGUUUAGAACUUCAUACCACAAAGAACACCACGAACUAAAGCAGAUUCCUUCAACAGCAUCUCCUCUUUUAAGGAAAGGUCUAAUCGGGUGACAUUAGUCCAGGUGUCCCCCUUUGUGCCUUCUUAUCCAACCUUAAAGAAUCCGAAUCAUAAAUGG